GUCAUCCACUGUACGAAUCCGAUCCCCACGGGAAAAACACUUGUAUUGGAUAAGACUUCCAUGUCUGAAAACCGGCGCUCCUCUCUCUAUAAUAAUAGCACUUCCAUUUUCCAUUCAUCAUCCCAAUUUCUGAAUCCCAUGGCUUCCUUCUUCGUCAACAAGCCCAAUCUCGGCGUCGUCCUCGCCUCUGCUUCCCUCCGCCGUCAUCCGUCGUCGUUUUACGAGGUCCUUGGGAUUCCGAUGACUGCUUCUGGCCCCGACAUCAAGGCCGCCUACCGGAGGCUGGCCAGGACCUGCCAUCCGGACGUGAAUCGGAAUCCCAAGGAGAGUGAGAAGUCGGCCCACCACUUCAUCCAAAUUCAGGCCGCCUACUCCACCUUGUCGGAUCCGGAUAAAAGAGCCCAUUACGACAUCCAGAUUUACAGACCUCCACUUUCCAUUCUGUCGCCGGCGUCGGGCUAUUCCGGUCAUUACACUCGCCGGAACUGGGAAUCCGACCAAUGUUGGUAGUCAAAAUCGGUCCAAAUUCUAACAUCCUCUGCCUCCCUCCCUGGAUUAGGAUUAGGAAUAGGAAGUGAAGGUAAAAUGAGUAAUUUUAAAGAAGAAAUUUAAAUAUAAUUGAUUUUUCAAAAUCAAUUUAAAAGAGUGAAAGGUUGAAAAUGGCCAGAUUGAACCAGAAAAUGAAAGACUUGAGGUCGAACAUUCAACAUUUAAUGUUGUUGGUUUUUUCUGGUAAUGAUAUUGGUGGAGCAGAGAGAUAAUGCUGUUUGGCUGAUAAGCUUUUUCCUAGUCAGGGUGUAGUGUAUGUGUGUGUGAAUGUUUGAUUUGUGGAUCUUCAAUCAAUUGAAUGCAAAAUUCUACUUUUUGAUUAAGACUU